AUGGACUGUGUGUCUUCAGUUUCGUACUCUUUUGUUAUUAAUGGUGGUGUUUGUGGUCCGGUACUACCAUCUAGGGGACUCCGACAAGGGGAUCCUCUUUCCCCGUACUUAUGUAUUCUUGUUGCAGAUGUUUUCUCUAGAAUGCUUCAAAAUAAAGUGCGGAUGAAGCAGUUACAUGGGGCAAAGGCUAGUCGUAAUGGACCUGAAAUCUCUCAUCUUUUAUUUGCUGAUGAUAGCUUACUUUUUACCCGAGCCAACCGACAAGAAUGCUCAGUUGUAGUUGAUAUACUCAACCAGUAUGAAAAAGCAUCCGGACAGAAAAUUAAUAAUGAAAAAUCGGAGGUCUCAUUCAUUAAAGGGAGUGCUGAGGUUCCUAACUUGGAGCUUGUCAGUGACAUUAUUGAUUUAGCGAAGUUUGAGUGGAACCAUGAGAUCAUUGAAAAUAAUUUUGAUGAGAGGGAUGCUCGCUGCAUUCUUUCCAUCCCUCUCAGCGAGACGGAUAAAUGUGAUGAGCUCACUUGGGCCUUCUCUAAGGGAGGAGAGUACUCUGUAAAAACCGCUUACCUUCUCGGUAAGGGGUGUGAUCUUGACAUGUUUCACCAUGCUUGGGUCGAGAUAUGGAAGGCAAAUGUUUCACCCAAGAUUUGGCACUUCUUUUGGAGAAUCUGUACGGGUACUCUUGCUGUCCGAAGUCUCUUGAAGCAUCGACAUAUGAUAAAGGAUGCAGCUUGCCCUUGGUGUCAUUCAUCGGAGGAGACCAUCUAG